UCUUCUUCCCCCAAUAAACCUCUCCGAUCAAACCUCAAAUCUCCUCUCCUCUCUCAAAUUGGGGUUUUUUUUCACAAAAUCAUUUCAAUCUUUUUCAGAAUCGAAUCGACGAAGCCACUUGAAUCGUCUCUCUCGUCCUUACACAUUCAAUUCAAGGGUAAAAAAUAUGGGUGCAUUGAUGUCGAAGUUCUGGUUCAUGUUGUUUCCUGCAAAAGAGUACAAGAUUGUUGUUGUUGGAUUGGAUAAUGCUGGUAAGACGACGACGCUUUACAAAUUACAUCUAGGAGAGGUUGUCACUACGCAUCCUACAGUCGGUAGCAACGUUGAAGAGCUUGUUUACAAGAAUAUACGAUUCGAGGUUUGGGAUCUUGGAGGACAAGACAGACUUAGGACAUCGUGGGCAACAUAUUACCGGGGAACUCAUGCGGUGAUUGUAGUGAUAGACAGCACAGAUAGAGCCAGGAUUGGUAUUAUGAAGGAUGAACUCUUCCGCCUACUCCCACACGACGAUCUUCAAAAUUCUGUCGUACUCGUCUUUGCAAACAAACAAGACCUGAAGGAUGCCAUGACUCCGGCUGAGAUAACCGAUGCCCUUUCCCUUCACAGCAUUAAGAACCAUGAUUGGCACAUUCAAGCCUGCUGUGCCCUCACAGGAGAUGGGCUGUAUGAUGGUUUGGGGUGGAUUGCACAGCAUGUCACCGGAAAAGCACCAAGCUAGAAAAUGUAAGCACUAAGGCUGUGUUUGGGUCUUGAAUUUGUACAGGAUUUGUGUUUCUCUUUUUUUUCUUUUUGUUUUUUUCUUUCCACAAAUCUAAGAUCCAAACACAACCUGAAAGUAUUUUCAUCUGCGUUCUUUUCAUGGAAUUGAAGGAUUGAAGAUAGAUGCUUCUUGUGUACCCAUUUAACUGUAUGAGCUGUGUCCAUGUGAUUUAGUAAUUGAUACUUCAUUUUGAUUUGCCUUUCAUGAAAGAAUAUUGUUUUCUUUUGCA